AUGAAUAAUUGCCCCUUGGAGAUUCAUGCCUAUAUUUUCGAGCUCGCAUGCACGGACGAUGGUCGCACAGGUCGCGCACUAUCCGCUGUGAACAGAUACAUCCGCCAUGCAUCAGCACCCUAUCAAUGGCAGAGCUUGGUUAUAUAUGACCUAGCGCAGGCAAAGGGCUUCGCCGCUCUUCUCAAUACUCUUCAUGAUGCCGGCACAUCCACGGACACAGUCACCAUUCACACUAGACGUCUGAUUUCGCACUUGUUCGUGUCGAAUAGGACUGGUGCCUCCGCGAGGGACAUUCGACUUUCUCAGUGGCAUGCGGCGAGGACUGCUGAGGAACGGCAAUUCACUCAUCGGCGUUUUGACCUCGAGGCGGAAGAAUGGACCGCGGCAAUCAGGCGCAUACUUGCUUAUGCAGCCGACAGCGUCCGUACGUUGACAAUGAUGUGCUAUGACAUACACAUCAGCCCGAGCGGUCGACUGUUUUUCUCCGACCUCAAAGGGACAAAUUUCCCUCGGCUUGAGGACCUCACUAUUCGCGGUGGUUUUGAUGUCAAACUGCGGGACCAUCCUAACACCGACUCCGAGCCAGACACGCUCGUUGUCAGUCAACCCUACGCAGAGACUGGCGCGAGUACAAGCAGGCCAGUCGAGACGCCGACCCUUCCUUCUUUACACCGCCUUCACCUCAUAUGUCCGAUCAGUUUUGAGCUCUUCUUACAGCGCCUCCGCCCACUAGCACCCAAAAUUUCUUACAUCCGUCUUUCCGAACUUGCCGCCUUCGACCUCGAUCUCUGUCGAUUACUCUUUUCCGAGCUCGCAGAGCGCCAAAUCGUUCCGGGAAGACUUCCCGGUCUGCAAGGGCAUCAAUGGAGUGCCGAACCCAUCGCGCAGCCCGUAGAUUGGGAACCAUACUUGCCGCCCUCGGAAAUACUAGAACGAAUUCUUUUACAGCCAUCACAAUUUCCCGUGAGACCGGAGAGCCAAUGCGGGUGUUGUACAGGAUACUAUAAGGUGGACGACAUGAUUCGCAUGCUGCGGGAGAUGGCGAGAGAGUCUUCGGGGGCCACGUUUGUGUACGUGCCUCCUGGGAGGAGAACUGGGACGGGGUACGCACACGAUGAGGCGAAACGGGAUUGGGAAAGCCGGAUCGAUGGUGGUGCUGGAUGCUGGAGAGAAAAGAAGGACGUUGACAUCGAUAAGCCGGUCGAGAGAGAUACGGAGGAGGACCAUACCCAAAGUCAUUCAUCUCACCGAUCCUGGCGCCCUAGGAGAUCAAUCUUGCAAUACAUGAUGGACUCUCCUUAA